GUGUGUGGGGGCCGGGGGGACGGGGGGGGCUGCAGCGGGAGGUGGGCCGCGUGAGAGAGGCAGCCGUGCAGCAGGAGCAGGCCUGGAGGUGCAGCCUUCACUGCGGCAUGCAGCUCUGCGCCCGCAUGGAGGCCACACACACCUGGGCCCGCAGCAUCCUUCACGACGGAGGCAGCAUCGGCGAGAUCCAGUUGCCCAGGUCGGACCUGUCCCUGCCUGCCCUGCCGGGCCUGGAGUAUCCUGACCCGGGUGGUUCGGGUCUCAGUGUCCCGGUGCUGGGGGCGCAGCUGGACUGGCAGACGGGCCGCAUGGUGCCACUGGCAGGAACUAUGGAGGACGCCGAGGGCAAAGGGCUGGUCCCCAUCCGUCUGGGUGCCCCGACGGUGGACCCUGUGACUGGGACUCUGUCUCCGGUGGUGGGGGUUCGUCUGGACGCGGUGAAGAGGACGGUGGUGCCGCUCACUCCCUCUCACCUCAGCAGCCUAGGGGACAGCACUGACAGUGUGCAGCUGGACACCCUGCAGAAGGAGGUGUGUGUGAGAUUAUGCUACUGGAGACAGCAGAGGCACAAAGAGGAGGAGCUGCUGGGAGACCUGGAGGCAGCACUCAGACACACACACACGGUGCAGUGGGCGGAGUGUGAACACCAGCUGCGUGAGGUGGUGCAGGAGCUGCAGGAGGCUGCGCAGAUGGAGACGCAGAGGAGACACACACACACCGGCGAGCUCACACACCUGCUGCCUACACACAUAAUCAACAUCCUCACACAGGGUGAUGAGGAGGAAUGGGAGCAGCAGUGUGUGUGGCAGACUGAGUUGGUGACGGGACUGAACAGGAUCAGUGUGUGUGUGGAGAGGAUGCAGGAGCAGGAAGAGGCCAAAGCUCAUCACGCACUCCAACUGACUGGAUUAGGGAGACAGAGAGACGUGUGGGAACAGCUGAGUGUCAGACAGUCAGACCUGGAGGCGGCUUUCAUCUCCGUCCUGUGUGUACGAGAACUCAGCCAGAUACGUGCAGAAACGGCCCAGGCCAUGUUGUCGGGCUCGUUCUGGUACAGUGACUUCAGCCUGAGUCAGCUGCGGGCCCCUCCUAACCCACUGAAGGCCCUGGCCCUCACCCAGUUGAAGAUCCUGCCUCACCUGGAUCGACUACUGCAACACCUGGACGACACACACGGCCAGCACAGCUCAGGCCUGUCAGUCAAGCAGACGCCUGGAGGAGUAGAGAACUGUUCCCGAGAGUGGACUGCCUCAGUCUCUGUUGUCAAGGGAGUCUCACCUCAGUCCCUGAAGGAGCAGAUUAAGUCCCGCCCAUCAGAAGAGCAAGACGGACCAUUGGUCAAGGAGCGACAGGGGAAGAGUCCAACCAAUCACAAUGCAGACCUGCUGACUGUGAGGGAUUGCGCUCUGCCCCGCCCCAUCAGUAUUCCUGUGCUGACAGAGGGAGAGUGGGCCCGUGUUCUGGAGCUGUCCCCCCUCUUCCAGCUGCUCUGUGGUUUGGAGCAGCAGCUCCGGUGCCGAGCGAAAGAGAUGGGCCUCUUCACAGGAGACAGCAGCGACAGGGGGCGCUCUUACCUGGACUUCCUGGAUGCUCAGUGGGAGUGUGAGGGGCAACUAGUAGCCGUUGGUACAGAGUGUCUGAACACGCGAGAGCAGCUUAUCUACCAGCACGGCCAGUUCCUGCUCCAGACGCUACACUCACACAGAGUGGUUCCCCUGGUGAAGCUUCAGAUAGCCUCCAGUUUGCCCUGUAAUAACUACCACCAAAAUGCCUUCAGAAAGUCCAUCUUCUAUCAGGAGGAGGAGGGGGUGCUGUACGUCCGUCAGCAGAGGCUGCAGUCAGUGGGGGGCUUCUCCCUGGUGCUGCUGCACUCCCUGGCCCACGUGGCGUGUGGGGAGAUGGACUCCGACUCAGGUCCCGCCUUCCAGAGGACCUUCUUCAAGGCCCUGCAGGUGUGCCUGGGCCUGUUGUUCAACGCUAGACUGGGGAUGCCCAGCCCAGGGCCAGCUUCCCCCCCAGCAGACAGCUCUCACAAUGAUGCCCCACUAACUGCCUCCCUUCUCCACGGGGCUCAGACGACUAGAGGAGGGGCUCACACAGACAACAACGAGAUGCUGGAGAUCCUCCAGAGGCACAAACAAGCGGCUGUGUUCCUUCAGCUGGAGGCUCUGCUGAAGGGGCGGAGCCUGGAGGGCCGGGACCCUGACCCUGUGUUGGAAGAGAACUGGACCCUCAGAAGGGGGACAUGACUCACACACACACACACACACACACACCCUCAGAAGGGGGACAUGACUCACACACACACACACACACACCCUUUAGAAGGGGGACAUGACUCACACACACACACACACACCCUUUAGAAGGGGGACAUGACUCGGACAAUCCCAAAAAUGGACAUUGGUGGGCUGGAUCCCACUCACUCACUCACACAAACACACACACACAUACAUACAAACUCCUUUGCACACUCACUCACUCACUCACAC